AUGAAAUUACCUAGUUGGUUCUAUGCAGAUCAUUUAGCUAAAGAUUUAUCUGGACGUGAAGCAUUUUUAAAAAAUGAAGAUUUGAAACCAGUCGAAUGCGCACGACGUCUGUGGGGACCUUGGAAUUUUGUUGCAUUUUGGCUUGCUGAUUCAAUUAAUAUUGGUACAUGGAUGAUUAUUUCAAAUAUGGUCCUUGGUGGAUUGUCCUGGUGGGAAGCAUGGCUUUGUGUUUGGAUUGGCUAUACAAUUGUGGCCUUUUUCAUCUGUCUAUCUGGGCGAAUUGGUGCAAUAUAUCAUAUUUCAUUUCCAGUUGUCAGUCGAUCAUCCUUUGGCCUGUUUGGUUCAUUUUGGCCUGUUCUCAAUCGAGGCUUUAUGGCAUGUGUCUGGUACGGUGUUGGAGCAUGGUUGGGUGGACAGUGUGUUGUACUCAUCUUUCGGUCCAUCGGUCUUUCGUACAAAACACUACCAAACACUCUACCGGCGUCAUCUAGUACAAAUACACGGGACUUCGUUGGUUUUAUUAUUUUCUGGACACUUUCACUGAUUCCCAUCUGGUUUCCGGUACAAAAAAUACGAAUUCUUUUCACUGUUAAAUCAAUAGUCGUACCCGUUGCAGCUGUGGCAUUCUUUAUCUGGACCUUGGUGAAAGCGAAAGGUUUUGGUCCUGUUGUUCAUCAACCAGGCACACUCACAGGUAGGCAUGCAUGGACACGAUAUGACAUCGGAAUUGCGAUCUCGUGA